AUGCGCGCACUACAAAACCGAGAAUUCUCAACACCUCUGACGAGAAGGCAGGACUCCUUGCUCACAGCCCAGACCUCGACGACUCGUCUCAUUGACCCAUACGGUGGCCAACUCGUCGAUCUGACGAUCGACCGCGCGGAGCUCGCCGAGUUCAGAGCUAGAGCUCAGGCUCUUCCUACACUGACUUUGAGCGAGCGGUCGUGUUGUGAUCUCGAGUUGUUGGCCGGUGGUGCCUUCUCGCCCCUCGAGAGCUUUCUCGGCGAAGCCGACUAUCAGAGCGUCUUGGACACUCUACGCCUGACCAGCGGUCAGCUCAUGCCGGUGCCGGUCACCCUCCCAGUUGAUGCCGAUGCCAACCUUCGGCUCGACUCGGAAGUCGCACUGUACAGCUGUCGCCGAGAGCUCCUCGGUACGCUCCGUCUCGACGAGAUCUACCCCUGGGAUCGCCGCCGCGAAAGCGCCGCGGUGUUUGGAACUACAGAUUCUCGCCAUCCUCUGGUCGCCGAGAUGCACCGCUGGCCCGGGCACUACGCCAGCGGUAAGCUGCGAAUGCUGCCGUCCUCGCCGCCGCGCGAUUUUCGCCAGCUACGCCUCGGCCCGUCGGCAGUCCGCGCCCGACUCGCCGCCCUGGGACGCACCAACGUGGUGGCCUUUCAGACCCGCAACCCGCUGCACAGAGCCCACGAAGAGCUCGCCCGGCGGGCCAUAGACGCGGUCGACGGCACCCUGCUGUUGCACCCGACAGUGGGCCUCACUCAGCCUGACGACAUCGACUACUUCACCCGUGUGCGGACUUAUCAAGCAGUAGUCGACGGCUACCUCGACCCCGAACGAGUGGUUUUAGCGUUGCUGCCGCUGGCGAUGCGCAUGGCGGGCCCGCGCGAGGCGCUUUGGCACGCCCUGGUGCGGCGCAACUUCGGCGCCAAUCACCUGAUCGUCGGCCGCGAUCACGCCAGCCCCGGGCUCGAUUCCGGGGGUCAGCCUUUCUAUCCACCCUACGCGGCGCAGGAGUUGCUCGACCGCCAUGGCGACGAGCUCGGCGUCGCCGCGGUCCCUUUCAACGAGCUGGUCUACUUGCCCGAACAGGAGCGCUACGAGGAAUCCUCCAAAGUCGGCCCGGACACCCCAACGCUCGCCUUGUCGGGUAGCCAGGUACGCGACUACCUGAGCAACGGUCGUCGACUGCCGGCCUGGUUCACCCGUGCAGAGGUUGCCGACAUCUUGGAGAGUGCCCAUCCACGGUACCGCCAGCAGGGCGCUUGCAUCUGGUUUACGGGUCUCAGCGGCUCCGGCAAAUCGACCACCGCCGAAGAGCUUGCUGCGGCCCUACGCGAAGGAGGCCGCACGGUGACCGUGCUGGACGGCGACGUGAUCCGGACCCACCUGUCCAAAGGGCUGGGCUUUAGCCCUGAAGAUCGCGACACCAACAUCCGACGGAUAGGGUUCGUCGCCAGCCAGAUCGUCGCCCACGGCGGCCUGGUGAUCUGUGCCGCGAUCAGCCCCUACCGCGCCACCCGUGAUGAGGUGCGCAGCAUGUUCAAAGCGGGCUGCUUUCUGGAGAUUUUCGUCGACACUCCGCUCAUAGAAUGUGAGCGGCGCGAUACCAAAGGACUGUAUGCCCGUGCUCGCAGCGGCGAGUUGAAGAACUUCACCGGCAUCGACGACCCGUACCAAGAUCCCCUCGAUCCGGAGAUCGUUCUCGACACUCUCCAGACUAGCCCGAAGGUCAACGCGGAACGGAUUCUUGGCCAGCUCCGGCUCAGCCAGGCGAACCGGAUCGCUCGGGUCGAGGUGCGCGGGCCGAGGGGUGUUUCUCGAACGCCGAAGAACGUGACCGACAAACCAGAGCCAUCAACGGAGCCAUAA